AUGGCCAGUGGACACAAGCGUCAAUGCGACGAUGAAGAGGGACGAAGGGCCUACAAGCUGGCACGCAAGGACUUGGAAACUCUGCCGGAGGAUGACGGCCAAUCCAUCACGUUGUUGAAGUGGAGCACCGAUCGCCGCAAAGACACCUACUCCGACUGGACCAUUGAAAUCAUUGUGGUCAAUGGAGGAGAACAAGAGGAGCAAGUCAAUGUCUACCAUGUUCACAAGUGUGUCUUGGCGCGAGGGGUUCGACGAAGCAAGUACUUUGACAAACAGUUCCGCAAUGAACGCAACUUUCCCUUGACAAAACCGGCCACCAGUCGCUUGGAGCUGGAUCCAUUACAAGCCAAGGCGUUCCCACAGGUUUUGGACUACAUGUAUAAUCCCAACUGUCCUCUGCAGAUUUCCACAGAGAAUGCUACUGCAUUGCACUCCCUGGCGGACUACUUGGAUAUGCACCAGCUUCGAUGGGUGGCAACUAGCUUUUGCAGAAGUGACGUCUCUCUGGACACUAUGGAAACUUACUAUGAUCAUGCCAUGACUCUAUUCAAUGAAACUGUUCUGUCCAUUCUAGCAGAGUUCAUGGCCAACAAUUUGAACAGCAUUGAUCCAAACUCCACUCUUGUCCAACACAUCCAUCUUCGAUUGUGGGUGGACGUAUUGGCUCACGUCAAACCCCAGGAUAGAUACACUGCUUCUCUUGAUGCAAGCAAACUGGUGGCCAAGGUUCUCACUCGUCACAAGGAUACCCUGGAUGCCAAAACAUUCCAGUUUCUCACGGCACAAGACUCCUUGCCCAGAAUCGAUCCGUCCGUGGCACUGACUCUGCUGGAAAUCGAAGACGAAAUGGCCAUCGUCUCUGUGGAUGACAAUGCCCCACCAACAUCGCUUCAGAAGCGAUGUGCCAAAGCACUCGCCAAGACGUGGCAGAUCUUUGACACUGCGGAGGAGCGGCUGAAGGAGCGAUCACCUGCCUUUCUUACGGAGCUACUCCACCAGUCACUCGGUGAAGCAAGAGUGGAAAAUGAGGUAAUCAAGAUCGACCUCGAGCAGAAACAGCAGCGCUUGACAGAAACAGAGCAGCGCUUGACAGACGCAAGACAGUCCUUGUGGAAGUUUUCUCGUCCAUCGAAUCGUGGUGCCGAAGAGAACGGUACUCGACUUUGGCGUGGCUUGGAACUGCCUGCCUCUUGGUUUUAA